UCAAAAGCUGGCAUAGUGCCUCCGAUUAAUCAGCAACUUCUCUGGUGUGCCGAAUUUGAGGGCCCGAGAGCUUCUCUGGGAACUUCUCUGGGACGUUCUUCUAGUCUUCUCCACUGUUUUUCUUAUAGAAACAAGUGAAAAAUCGUCAUUCGCAACGAAAUCGCUACGGUAGAACCACGGUAGAUCCCCUCCCUCUUGCCAGCAAGUCCCUAACAUAAUUAAUGGCGCCCGCUCUCAGCGGCGACAGCGCCGUAGCAUCCAACUACGACCCAGCAACCCUGCUAUCGUCCUUCUCCUCGGACUUCCUCCCGGCGGCCUAUCUGCAGUCAAACUUCGAUUUCAUGGGCAGCAUCGGGCAGGGCCAGUACGGUCGCGUGUGGAAGUGCAUGUCGCGGGUCUCGGGCCGCUACUACGCGUGCAAGCAGAUUAAGAAGGCGCGCCUCACCAACGGGCGAAUCCACGCCGUUUUUCAGGAAAUCUCGACGAUGCAGCGCCUACGUGGCCACCAGAACGUCGUGGAGCUCGACAGCGUAUACGAGGACGCCACGUCAGUCUUCCUGCUGAUGGAGCUCCUCCCGUCCGGCGAUCUCUUCCAGCAGAUCUCCACGCGCAGCGGCCUUCCCGAGCGUGAGGCUCGGGACGUGUUCCGAGCCGUCGCCGAAGCUGUGAAGCACUGCCACGGGAACGGCGUCGUGCAUCGGGAUAUCAAGCCUGAAAACAUCCUCCUCCGCGCGCUCUCUUCGCCGAUUUCUGUCGCGGGCUGCGCGCUUACAGAAAGUGACUCCUCUACGGAGACUCCGAGUCUCGAAUGCGGGUGCUUUCGGGGUUACGAGUGGGACGUGAAGCUGGCGGAUUUCGGCCUCGCAAAGCGCAUCCCCGAUAGCGGCACUGUCAAGGGGUGCGUCGGAAGCUUCCCGUACGAAGCUCCCGAGGUUCUCGCGUCGCAGGAGUACGAUUUUUCCGCGGAUAUUUGGAGCUUGGGCGUGCUACUAUAUGCGAUGCUAUCCGCGAAUUGGCCCGAGUUUAAAGACAACAAGCGCGUGCUCGACGAGUGUAAGGACUGGACCCACCCGUUAUGGGGCCUAAUCAGCGACGCGCCGAAGCAGCUCAUCCGUCGGAUGAUGUCGGUGGACCCGAACCAACGGCCCACGAUCGACGAGAUUUUGGAGCACGAGUGGUUUUCGCGGGAGUGCGUCGACGUUCUCUGCCCAUCCACCCUCAACGUCGUCUCGUUGGGCAAUCAGCCACUUGCAGAGCUGGCAGAGACCGCUAUCCUGCCCGCCUUUUCCGACUCCACCUCUUCGCUCGCUCCUGCAUCCUCGUCGCUGCCUCGUGACGCGCAAACCGCGGCGGGAGUAGCGGCGCCAGUGCCGGCGGAAGCAGCAGCAGCGGCGGUGGCGGCAUCGCCGGCGGCGGUGAUUCGGCCGCAUCUGCUCAACGCCAUCGGUGAUUUCGGCGAAGAUUGUUCCGUGCCUGACCGUCCCCCGACCCCCGCGCGACUUGCUACUAUGUCCUCCUGUUCUAGCUGCUGCAGCAGCGUCAGCAGCAGCAGCUGCUGCAGCAGCGACGCGUGCAGCAUAUGUGCGCGAGCGCGCGAUUCUGGUAACAUGAAAGAUACUAUUUCGAGUGAGUCGUUCGCGGUGAGAAGAGUUCGGACCCUGAACAGGCAGGCCUCCGACGACGAUAGCGCCGCGGCUACUAACGAGGAUAGGUCGGUCAGCUGUGUUAACGGGAACCGCGCGCACACGGAAGGCGCUGCGGGAAACGGCGCGGACGAUACAGCGCAACAGCAGGAGCGCAACGCCGCUGGCAGGAAGCCGCGGAGAAGCGGACGGCUGGGAAGCAUGGCGGGAUGGGCCAUGGCCACCCUCUGGGGUGUCAACUCCGCAGCAGCAACCGCCAGCUCCCAGGAGCAGACCGAGCGGUUCAACGAGUGCUCGGUUUCCCUGCCGUUGUUGCGGCUGAGGUGAUGCUGCUAGGAGCGAGCAAUAGUUUCCCACGUGUACACUACGCUCGAUUGUGAGACCCGCUGACUUGAGCCGAGUCCCUGGGUCCUUUUAGUUUUUGCGUGUUUCAAGCAACCAUAGCACGGAUAUCUGCUGUGCCAGCAGCACAAUUGCACAAUACCAGUGUGAGGGAGCGAGGAUAUGGUGUGGCUGUGAUAUCGCAUUCCUUUUUUGCUGUACAGUGUAUAAUAGCGAUAGUUUUGCAAGCCAAAUAUGUUAUUAC